AUGUGGAACAAUGUGAUGAUGACAGUAGAGGAGAAAGAGAUGAUCACAACCAAAUGGACAGGGGAAGAAAAAAUCAAUCCACACGUACAACGGAUAAGACAUAAAAAGGAGGCAAGCUUUCCCACUCAGUCCAAACAAGAAUCUCUCCGGUUUCCUUUCAACGGCAACGGCAACGGCAACGGCAACGGCAAUGGCUGCAACUUGUUACUCUACUAUUUCCACUUCACUCAAUUCAAUCAGACCCUUUCCUUUCCUCUCAAAAAUUUGCAACCCGAACCCGUUCCCUUCCUCCUUUCGGAGCUCCAAAUCCGAGCUUCAAACUCGGCCUCUGUGCAAGAAGAUCAUUACAUGAGCAUCGAUAAUCUCCGACGGUUUUUCCAUCUUACUUCGGGAAAAUGGACCGGUUCCUUCCACCAAUUUGAUGGAAAUGGGAAUUUGUUGCAAAAAAUAAAUACGAGGCUUUCGGCAAGUUCAUAUGGAGAAGAUGAGCUUAUCAGUCUCAUUCAAACGUUGUACAUUGAGCAGCCUCAAUCAAGCAUUUCAAUUUCUGGACUUAAGGAAGAAGUUGAAUGGGCAGAAUACAAAAUAAAAGAAACAAAUAUGUUCACUGUGGACAAAUAUCAGGAGAUCGGAUUUUUCCCCAAAGAGAGGGCUUUUUCAUUAAGGUACCGGACUGCUGGCAUGUUAGAGACUGUAUUAAGGCAAGGGGUACUGGGAGAAGAUGACACUGGGGAGGAAUCACCUAAAAAUAUUAAGCUUCCUUCUCGCCGGCCUUCCCUUGUUUGUGAAAAUUGCCUAUAUUCUCAAGAGAAGGAUAGACGAGCAAGAGCAUUUCAUAUCAUGGACCCUAGAGGCUUCGUGGAUAUGCUUAUCAUCUUCUUUGAGGAUAGAGGUGAUGGGCCACUUAUUCACCCAUCACUUGUCGAUAUGGUGGAUGGACAGGACCGGAUUUUACCAUUUUUGGGCAAGUGGGAAGGUCAUUCUGUAACAAAGCGUAGUGGUGUUUAUGGAUCGACGAUGGCAGAAGCUGAUACAGUUUCUUUACUUGAAAUGGAUGACAAGAAUAAGCUCAUCCAGGAUGUUACUUCCAAGGGUGGUGGACGUGAUGUAAGAACUAACGUGCAUUGGACGGGUAUGAUCACAAGUAACUCGGUUGAAUUUGAAGGGGCAUACCAGCUAACAUUAUUACCUGGGGGAAUGUAUAUGGGAUACCCUUCUGAUAUUGCAAAGAGUGUAGCUGAAUCCAAGUCAUUCCAUUUGGAGUUCUGUUGGUUAGAGGCACCCGGGAAGAGACAGAGACUGCUUCGAACUUAUGAUGCUGAGGGGUUGGCUGUCUCAUCGACCUAUUUUUCUGAGGUUAGAGUAUGAGCUCCUUGUACAUCACUGACGAGGUAUGUUAUUCCCUAACUUGUAGAAAAAGUUAGGGUUUUGAUUUUAUAUAAAGGAAAGUAAGCAAAAGAGAGCACAUUGCUGUAACUAAUUUUGAAA